CGAGGGAGGUCUGAGCAGGCUCUGUGCUGUACUCCCCCAGACGGCCCCAGGUUGCGGGCCGGGGCCGUGGCCUGGGGAUUCAGGCCGCGAGACUCCUUCGAGACUGCGGCCAGAGCGCUGCCGCCGCUCUACACUUUGGGGUAGAUAGUUGAUUCAGAUACCGUCCCAGCCCAGAGCUGUUCUGUAGGGCAGAAUUCAAGCCACCUAAUAGCUGUGCUAAAAAGGCGGGAGGAAGAAAUCGGUUUUAGUGCCACGUCUUUUUUAACCCAUUCCAUGCAAACUAUUAUCAUCCCUGUACGCAUGUAAAGAAAUGACUGAGCUGCUCCACGCACUGAUCUUGGAACCUGCUGUGGAUCUGACGCCUACAGUUACAGGGGACACUGGUAUCCAACCUAGUCGAGUUCCAGGUGCUGUUCUGGCCAGAGUCUGGUGUGCACCACAAGUCUCCCCCACCCUCAGGGCCCUGUGGGUGCGGUGGAGCCACACUAGGGACGCGGCUGCCGCGGAGGUUGCAGGGAUUGCAGGACUGCGUUUGUGUCCUUUCAGGGACCACCUCCUCCCUGUCCCGGCCACAGCGGUCUGGACACAUCAAGCACGGACAUGUUUUCUGAGCAGGCUGCCCAGAGGGCCCACACUCUGCUGUCCCCACCAUCAGCCAGCAACGCUACCUUUGCCCGGGUGCCCGUGGUGACUUACACCAACUCCUCGCAGCCCUUCCGGCUGGGGGAGCGCAACUUUAGCCGGCAGUAUGCCCACAUUUAUGCCACCCGCCUCAUCCAGAUGAGGCCCUUCCUGGUGAGCCGGGCCCAGCAGCGCUGGGGCAAUGGAGUCCUGAUUAAGAAGCUGUGUGAGCUGCAGCCUGGGGAGAAGUGCUGUGUGGUAGGGACCCUCUUCAAGGCCAUGCUGCUGCAGCCGUCCAUCCUGCGGGAGGUCAGCGAAGAGCACAACCUGCUCCCCCAGCCUCCUCGGAGCAAAUACAUCCACGCAGACGAUGAACUGAUCUUGGAAGAUGAAUUGCAGCGUAUCAAACUGGCGGGUGCCAUCGACGUGGCAAAGCUGGUCACAGGGACGGUCCUGGCUGUGCUGGGCUCUGCAGGAGACGAUGGGAAGUUCCUGGUGGAGGACCACUGCUUUGCAGGGCUUGCUCCCCAGAAGCCCACACGCCCCCUCGACACGGCCAGGUUUGUGCUGCUGGUGUCCGGCCUGGGCCUGGGUGGAGGCGGGGGCGAGAGCCUGCUGGGCACCCAGCUGCUGGUGGACGUGGUGACGGGGCAGCUUGGGGAUGAAGGGGAGCAGUGCAGCGCCGCCCACGUCUCCCGGGUCAUCCUCGCUGGGAACCUCCUGAGCCACAACACCCAGAGCAGAGACUCCAUCAAUAAGGCCAAGUACUUAACCAAGAAAACCCAGGCAGCCAGCGUGGAGGCUGUCAAGAUGCUGGACGAGAUCCUCCUGCAGCUGAGCGCUUCCGUGCCCGUGGACGUGAUGCCAGGCGAAUUUGACCCAACAAACUACACGCUCCCCCAGCAGCCCCUGCACCCCUGCAUGUUCCCACUGGCCACUGCCUACUCCACGCUCCAGCUGGUCACCAACCCCUACCAGGCCACCAUCGACGGAGUCAGAUUCCUGGGGACGUCGGGACAGAACGUGAGUGACAUCUUCCGGUACAGCAGCAUGGAGGACCACUUGGAGAUCCUGGAGUGGACCCUGCAAGUCCGUCACGUCAGCCCUACAGCCCCUGACACCCUAGGUUGUUACCCUUUCUACAACACCGACCCGUUCAUCUUUCUGGAGUGCCCUCACGUCUAUUUUUGUGGCAACACCCUCAGCUUUGGCUCCAAAAUCAUCCGAGGCCCCGAGGACCAGACAGUGUUGCUGGUGGCUGUUCCGGACUUUAGCACCACACAGACCGCCUGUCUGGUGAACCUGCGCAGCCUGGCAUGCCAGCCCAUCAGCUUCUCAGGCUUUGGGGCGGAGGAGGAGGACCUGGGAGGCCUGGAUCUGGGCCCCUGACUCACAAAGGCGGCCUUGUCUGGAGAGGCCCCCGCUAUUCCUUCCCUGUGGCGUCAGCACCACGGCAGCUUUGCCUUUGUAAAUAAAGCCUGAGUGUUUACUGG